ACCCCCACCGUCCCGCCUGUCUCCCAGUUGCGUUCGCCGCUGUCCUGUCUAGCUGCCCGGUGUCUGCUCCGCCGCUCCGCGCUCUGCGGCUCUCACCCCACCCCUAACCCGAAAACUCUGCCUCCUCGUUUACCUCCUCCGGCUCCUGGACCCCCCUCCACCCGGUGAAUGCACCAACGCCGAAAACAUGACGGGCAUCGCCGCCGCUUCUUUCUUCUCUAAUUCUUGCAGGUUCGGGGGCUGCGGUCUCCAGUUCGAGUCUCUCGCCGAGCUCAUCGUCCACAUCGAGGACAAUCACAUCGACACAGAUCCACGGGUCCUGGAGAAGCAGGAGCAACAGCAGCCCACUUAUCUGGCCUUAAGCUACAUCAACAGGUUCAUGACAGAUGCGGCCCGCCGGGAGCAGGAGACCAUGAAGAAGAAGGUUACGCCCAAACUGUCCCUGUCCAUCACUGGUGGAGUGUCCAGGAACAGCACAGCCACGCCUCCUCGCCAGACCAGCGGUAACCUGACGCCUCCCGUCACGCCUCCCAUCACCCCCUCCUCCUCCUUCCGCAGCAGCACCCCAACAGGCAGUGAGUAUGAUGAGGAGGAGGUAGACUACGAGGAGUCGGACAGCGAUGAGUCGUGGACCACAGAAAGCGCCAUCAGCUCUGAGUCCAUCCUCAGCUCCAUGUGCAUGAACGGGGGAGAGGAGAAGCCGUUUGCCUGCCCCGUCCCCGGCUGUAAGAAGAGAUACAAGAAUGUGAACGGUAUCAAAUACCACGCCAAGAAUGGCCACCGCACACAGAUCCGUGUGAGGAAACCCUUCAAGUGUCGCUGCGGCAAGAGCUACAAGACCUCGCAGGGCCUGAGACACCACACCAUCAACUUCCACCCACCUGUCUCCACCGAGAUCCUGCGCAAGAUUCAAGGCUAGAGCCCGGCUCACACCAAUCACUACCCCAAACACAGCCCUAUCCUGACUCUCCUUUCCCUGACCCUUUUGUACCAAUCCCGCACACUACAGAAUCAAGUGCGUGCUUUAAGUUGUUUUCAUUUUUUUUUCUUCUUCAUCUUUUUGUUUGGAUGUUACAAUUGUUUUUCUUCUAUCCAUGUUAUAUCACUUGUAUUUUUUUGGAGAAAAAGAAAAUGUAUCUUUGUAGUAUUUUUUAUUGUUGUACAUUUGCACAUUAGUACAUGCUAUCACGUUAUUUUUUUCUCUAUUGUUUGACUUACAUAAGGUGCUAACUGUAAAAAACAGACAGAAAAGACUAAAAACAAACGAUAUGGAAGAGGAGGGGGAAAUGUAAAACAGAAGUGCAACCACGCCCUGCCCCUUUCCCCUGCUCGUCUUUGAGUGGGAUGAAGUUGACAUUAGUGCUGAUCUGAGUUCAGAAGUCGUUACACUCCCUUUCCAUUAGCUGCAGAGAGUUUGCUGAGCUUAGAUCUGUGCCUUCGCUGUAACUUCAGGGGGUUUCAGUGUGAGAGUUAAGUUAUACUUUAAAUAGAUAUAU